AUGUCCGCUCCCAUUGUCGCUGUACCACGCGCUCCUCCUGCUGUACCCGUCGCCGCGGCGUCUAAUCUCUCAGCGUCCUCAAUCACGACGACGACGACGACGCUACCCCUGCUAGCGCUCAAGUCGGCGCUUGUCCUGGUCCAACAGACUCGACUUGCACUCCUCUACACACUGCCAGUUCUCUGCUCCGUCAUCGCGACGGCUCUCACCCUCUAUGCUGUGACCGUCUUCUACUCAUCGCAAAGCCAAGACGGGAUGUCCGCCAACUCAGCCAAGAGCAAACAACACCGCCGCCGCCCAUCACUCUCUCGCGCAAUUGUGCAUCUCGUUGGCCUUGGCGCACUGUCCGUCUACCUAGCCGGCUGGUACGCCCUGUACUGGGUCAUGGUCACCGCAAAGGCUGGCGGUCUCUACGAGGUCACCUCGUUCCUCUGUGCCUACUUUACAGGAGGCGCCCAUAUGGUCCUUGGCGUCCAAGCCUUUGUCACCCUGACCUCACACUGA